GGAUGAACAAGAGCCCGGAUCUGAAGAUAAAGAACAUGUUAACCUUUCGUCAAUGUCAUCAGAAAGUUCGUUUCCUUCACCGCAAGGACGCCGUAGUCUUUUUUUGUCUCAAGAGAGUCUUCUCUCUCCAGAGCGAAGCCUCCUCUCUCCUGUCCGUGGCCGAUCUGCGCCAAAGCCUC